AUGCCCGUUCCGGGACAAUUUUUUGCUCGGGCAUCUAGCCGUCAUCGUGUAGCAUGCAAAGCCCUCUAUCGCGCCAUCUUGCAAUCGAGCUCUAAAAUUCCUCUACCAAGUGAUGUUUCUCAGCGCGGUUCAAAAAAUCCCUUGACGCAUCUUAUUCGUAAGCGCUUCCGCCAAAAUGCCUUUGUCGACAGUCCACGCAUGAUUAGAAACGCACUACAAAGCGGCUAUCUCUCCGAACAUGUCCUCCGCCUCGCCGUCGACGGUGUCUCGACGGCAGUCGAGCAAAUACAUUGUUUAGUACACUCCCAUCAGGCUGAUAUCGAAUCAUCUCGUCGCGCUUGUUCUCAGCCUGAGUUCAAGCCUCGUCCUCGGCCUCGUGUAUGGCCUUAUUCUAGUGCGCCUAAGCUGGUCGAAAAACGCCCAUUACCUUUAUCUUGCAUUUCGUCGGGGCAACGUCACGUGCCUAGCUUGGUCAUGACAUCCGCAGGCAUCCCCUUCCUCCGCUUUAAGAGGCCCCAGAGCCCUUAUUUGAGUCGCGUCAUCAGGGAUAAGGUCGUUCAGAAACAGAAAAAAAUAGAUCUCAGAUCUCAACUGGAAAUUACCGAUUUUGUCGCACAGUCCGAGAAUGAUUGGGAAAAUACAGUUUUGCAACAAAUUGAAAGAGAUGUGGAAGGAGGAAUUCAAGACGGCGGAAGUAAUGAGUGGUGGUGGGAAGGAUGGGGUAACGGUAUCGGUGUCGACAAGGGCUGGGAUAGUAGUAUCAUGGAAGCUCAGAAAGAAAUCGAUGCUGCUAUUCGAACAGAACGCGCUAGUGCCAAAGCCUAUGGCGAAAAGAUGACAAAGAUUUACCUUGAAGAAAAAAGACUCUGGCAAGAAGAGAAAGAAGUAAAAUCAGCGAAAAGGCUAGCGAAUCUCAAGCUGCGCGUAAAAUAUGACGCAAAAUCAUCAACAGCUCGAAAUUAA